CGUCGCGUUGGUGCGUGGCGUUGCACUCGCAAGAUCCCAAAUGAGUAAGAUGAUUUUUAGGGGGAGCAGUCACUCGUUUUAUUGUUUUGUUUCUUGUCCAUAUUAUUCGAAACAACAUGUCUCUGUACAACGCCAGUCACGGAGAUGUUCAGAAUGUGCAUGGAUCUACUGGUGAAGUUGUCAGAAUUAUUGAGGUGUACUGGAUAAAGACGCACGAACUAAAGUGAAGUCCCUCAAGCAAAUGAAGGAUUCCAUGUCUUCAAUCAAGGGAGCUUCACAUCACUCAAGGGAGGCGAAGAGACGUUUGUAUUGUAAAUUGCAGAUGUGGACAUGGCGGAAACGGAGGGAGAAUUGCUUUUGGGGUUUCAUUAGAGGCAAAAAUAUGUUGCGAAUGAGGCACCCCAACUCAUGCCUCAACCUCAAGACACAGUCACGGAGAAGUAAAAGGAACUUUCAAAUGUAUUCUUCACCAGUUCUGGAACAUUUACAAAUUAAAAAACCCACUAUUGAAUCAGAUCAGAUCAAAUAUGGAAGUGAAACAAUGAAUUCCUCACAAACAUUCAACUGUCCAGGUGCCAUCACUCAUGCCACAAGCAGGGCACCAGAAAGCAUUGUAGAGUGUGAUUUUGCACAUGCCUCAGAAGUGACACUCAGUGGGCUGGAUUCACAUGUUGAGAAACAAAGAAAUGGUGAUGAGAGGCCUGUAGUUCUUGACCAAUCAGGAGAAUGCUGUCCUGUCCUUCAGGAACCACUUCCAAAUGUCGAAGACAAAAUGUCCAGCAAGAACACAAUUCCUCUUAAAGUUGAAGUUGACAUUGCUGAGCUGACAGACUGUAUCCAGCUUAGAGAAAUUUCACGAGUAACCCUAGGGCGUGUCGUUCAUCUUUGUCAACUGUGGAGCAGUGAAGCCCACACAGCGUGCAAGUUGCAUAUCAGACAGGGCUUCGGAAUGAUUACAGAAUUUCUCCAUGGGUUCUUCACAUUGUAUGGAAGUUUCAUCCCAUUGGAGAAGAGCGAUGUGUUAAGACACCUGAAGAGAAUGUUCAAUGCAGAUUUUACCGACAGGAGACAGUUAAUCUACGAGGUUGUCAAGCGCAGAAUCUCUCCAACGCUGUGGCAUCCUAUUACCUCUUUCCAAGUGGUCUUCAAGAAACACACCCUGAGCCUGGAUGAUUUAUCCACCCUGGCCAAUCAGAAUUGGCUCAACGACCAGGUUAUUAACAUGUAUGGAGAAUUGAUUAUGGAAGCUGCUCAAAACAAGGUCCAUUUUCUCAAUAGUUUCUUCCAUCGACAGCUCAUGACCAAAGGUUAUGAUGGUGUUAAGAGAUGGACAAAGCAGGUUGAUUUGUUCUCCAAGAGCCUCUUGUUGGUACCCAUCCAUCUGGAGGUUCACUGGUGUCUGGUCACCACAGAUAUUGCACGCAAGAAGAUCUGUUUGUUUGACUCUCAAGGGAGUGCACCACACCAAGUUGCACAGAACAUCCUGAAGUACGUGACGGCGGAAGCGAGAGAGAAGCAACGCACAUCUUUCGUAAAUGGCUGGGCCGUGUCAUACAAUGAGAGUGUCCCACAGCAAACCAAUGAGAACGACUGCGGUGUUUUCGUCUUGGAGUAUUCCAGAUGCCUCGCUUUGGCUCGGCCGCUCUGCUUUUCACAGAGGAACAUACCAAAGAUACGCAAGCGGAUCUAUAAAGAGCUUUGUGGCUGUAAGCUCUAUGAACAGGUUCAACAAUGAUCACUGUGUACUCCUAGACCUCUCAAACAAAAAGUUUGGGAUUUUGGGAGAGAAAUUUCAGCAUGAAUGAAAAAUACAAUGUAAGUGAACUUAAUUUGAACUCUAAAGUAGUCCAAUUGUUUUAUGUUUCUGUGGGGGGAAUGUGAAAGCCAGUUGUGCAAAACAUACUGAAACAUUGAAUAUAAUUACCGUAAUUCCCGGCCUACAGAGCACACCUGGUUAUAAGCCUCACCCAGUACAUUUGUAAAGGAAAUACCAUUUGGUACAUACAUACGCCACAGCUGUAUAAAACCGCAAUUGCCCACAUUGAAACACGAGAUAUUUACAAACAAAAAUGGUACACAGAGAGUUUAACGCUCGGGCCUCCGCGCUAAUGCUAACGCUGCCGCACUAACUCUAGCACCGCGCUAACAGGGCCGGUUAAAAAAAUAAAAUAAAAAUACCGAUAAAAGUCACUUGCUCGGCACAUAUAUUCCACCGGUCUUACUCUUUUCCGCUCAAGUGCCCCCUUGCAGCUGUUAGGAAAAAAGUGCAGAAAUUAGCCGCAUCACCGCAUAAACCUCAUGGUUGAAACCGUGUGGGGGGGGUGGAGUCGCGGCUUGUUGGCCAGAAAUUACAGUAGUUGGAUGUAGAUUUAAAAGUUUCAAAACGGUCCAAUUAAAUUCACCUGUAAAGGUUGUAGUGCGCUUCAGGUUCAUCCUAAAUUUUACCUAAAAUCUCAAUAAUCUUUAACUUUUUGUGAGCUGAAAAAAAAUCUCAUUCGAAAUCAUCCUCUGUAGUAGUUGUAUAGAAGUGUAGCCCGAGUGCAUCUUGUCAAAGGUUGCAAUUUCCAUGAUCAACCCUCGUUGUUACUGACACACACACACACACACACACAC